UCACCAUAGAUCUCCUUGCUCACACCCCCAAUUCUGGUGUACUUGAUCGCACGAUGACCUCCAUCAACGUUGAAUAGUGCGUUACUACCAACCACUCCGACAGCGCCUAGAAGUAUUAAACCGCCGAUGCCUCCGGCUACUCCCUUGGGACCUGGACCACCUCCCCCUCCUCUCUGGGCAUUUGCUGCCAUGCGCUGAAGCUGCCUCCAUGCGUCUUGUGGACUCGACAUUUUGGCGUAUGAGGAGAUUGAAAGACGAUGAUGGAGAUGUGGUGUUGAUGUUGUUGAAUUGAUACACCCCUCAAUGAUGAAGCUUGGUGAAGCUAUGCUAGUGUGUUUUUGCCUUUGGCUUGGCGAGAAAGGCAAGGCUGAUGAACUAGCCUCGGCUGACUAAUUCAUACUCCAGAUUUCGCAUGGCAUGGCAUUGUUAGCUCCAUCCAAGUUGAACGUCACCUUUUUGUCCCCCGAACCAUCGACAUCAGAAAUCUUCGACCUGAGAGAAUUUGUUGGGUGAACUCUUUGCAUCGGGUUGGAAGCACCAGCAGGACUGAGAUUGAAAUUGGUGAGAGACAUCUACAUCUCAAGCAGCAUUAGAAUAGCCAGAAACAGCUUCUCACAAGACUUCUGUGCCAUUUCUCUCAAAUUUCCCGUUGUCGUUGUCCGCAAGAGUCCAGAGGUGAUACGUGAAGAUCAUAUCGCUGUCAGCCCUCAUUCCUGAGCAAGAAAACAGCUUCUCUUUUGUGAUUUUUGUUGCGGUCCCUUGUUUGCCCUUUCUCCACUUUGCAGCAUCAACAAUACGUCCUCGAUAGCUUCGCUGCAAGUAUAUCUCCAUAGGCAUCUGUCUGCAUCUACAUCUACACCUCAUUCUCUUAUUCACCAUGGCGAGUGCGAAACCACCUUCGAAAUCCGUCUUUGUAGGCAAUAUUCCCUAUGGUUCGUUCCUCUCUGUAUGCAUCAAUAGCAGAGCCCCGACUGACUUCUCCCAGGCCUCACGGAAGAGCAGAUAGUAGACAUUUUCAGUUCUGCUGGAAAAGUCUUGAAUUUUCGAUUGGUCUAUGACAAGGAAACUGGAAGACCCAAGGGCUUUGGCUUUGCCGAGUAUCCAGAUACAGGUGUGUGCAUUUCAUGUUUCUUUGCUUCACUGGUACAAUGUGAAUGUUGAUGUUGAUGUGAAGCGACUACUGACGCGCUCUCGCUCUUGCAGACUCGGCUUCCUCAGCCGUGCGGAACCUCAACGACCACGAGAUUAUGAACCGCAAACUACGCGUGGAUUUCUCCAACGACGCAGGCGGCGACGACGACAAUAACAACAACUACGUACGUACCACUUGGACCUUUCAAUCCUAUAUGCUAAUUGAUCUCACAGCAACAAUCUGUACCACAAUCCUACCAACACCCCCCCUCCAACGGCCUCACCAUGUCGCAACAACAACUACCUCACAAUCCCAAUACCUCCUCUCUCCCUCCUCUCCCCUUGGGCGUCGAACUUCCCCCAGGACUCAACUGUCCCGACGCCAUCUCCCGAACUCUCAACACCCUACCUCCCGCACAGCUCCUCGACGUCCUCGCGCAAAUGAAAACUCUCGCCUCGACCGAUGCCGCCAAAGCCACCGAACUCCUCAACCAAGCCCCCCAACUCUCCUACGCCAUCUUCCAAGCCCUUUUGCUAAUGGGCCUCGUCUCAACCGAAGCACUCGCCUCAGUUGUCGAGUCCGCCUCUGCUCCUCCACCCCAACAAGCAGCAGGAGGAUACACACAACCACCCAUUCCCGUCCCUCAGCCGUCCGCAUACGCUGGCUUCCCGCCACCUCCUCCGCAUAUGGGCAUGGGUAUUCCGGUGGUGGGUAAUACCAGCAACAAUACUCCACCUGUGACGGGACAUGGGAUGUAUGCUCCUCCACCACCACCCCCGCCACAAGCACAAGCCGCGCCCGAGACGGAUGUCCUGAUGCAGCAGGUUCUUGCUAUGCCUAUGGAGGUGAUUGAUAGUUUGCCACCUGCGGAUCGAGCGCAGAUUUUGGCGUUGAGGGCGAGUUAUGGGAGGUAGAUGGGGGUGGUAGUAAAGGGCGAUGUGGGAUUUAGGAAGUGGUGAUGAAAGGGGGUAGCAAUGGACGUGUGAGAUGGGGACUGAAUGAAUGCGAUAUGGGUGGGAUUGUGGUUGCUAUGGCAAGGCAAGGUAAGGAAGCCAGAAAAUAUUAGAAUUUGAGAUUGUGAAUGCGGGAAUUGAGGGAGGUUUGCUGGGGUAAUUUAGUCGUUUCGAUGGAUGUGGAUGUUGAUUAGUGGGUAGUAAUUGAAUGCAAAGAAAUGCAAUGGACUGAAAUGGAUUGCAAC